CGUCCCGUCGGAUUUCAUAAUGAGCGAAAAUACAGAACAACGAGUGUGCAUUAAAUUUUGCCAUAAACUGGGAAAAACGGCUACUGAAACCUACCAAAUGUUAUUGUUAGCUUAUGGAGAUGAAACCAUGUCCCGUGCUCGCGUUUUUGAAUGGUUUAAACGAUUUAAAGAGGGUAGAACAACUGUUGAAAGUGAUGAACGUGAAGGACGCCCAUCAACAAGCCGCAAUGAGGAAAUGAUACAAAAAAUACGAACAGCAAUACGAGUUCAAACCAUAUUGACGACUGAUUUAGACAUGAGAAGAGUUGCAGCCAAAUUUGUACCAAAACUGCUCUCAGGUGAGCAAAAAGAAAAUCGAAAACAGAUCGCCACUGAUUUGCUAGAGUGUUCCGAAUCUGAUGAUUUUUUUUUAAAAUCAAUUAUAACUGGUGACGAGACUUGGGUAUAUGGCUACGAUCCAGAAACAAAGGUACAAUCUUCGCAGUGGAAGACACCUGAUUCACCACGACCAAAAAAGCUCGUCAAGUUCGGAGUCAAGUGAA